GCCGGCCCCGGUGGCGCCGCCGCCGGCGGCCUGGCUGGCGCCGCUGGCCGCUCGGCCAAGAAGUGUCGGCGGAGCCGCACCGUCUUCACCGAGCUGCAGCUGAUGGGGCUGGAGAAGCGCUUCGAGCGGCAGAAGUACCUGUCCACGCCUGACCGGCUGGAGCUGGCGGACACCCUUGGACUGAGUCAGUUACAGGUCAAGACGUGGUAUCAGAACCGCCGGAUGAAAUGGAAAAAGCAGGUUCUUCAAGGCGGCAGCCAGGAAGCGCCCACCAAGCCCAAAGGUCGGCCUAAAAAGACCGACUUCCAGGACCACGUGACGUCACCCUCCAUGACGUCGCCGCCUGCGUCACCACCUGCCUCGCCCACGUCAUCUUGCUGUAGCGAAUCACCGAGCGACCUGUCCCAUGGUGCGCACGCGCAGGUCGAAUGUGCACUCACGCCAUUGGCGGACUAGUAAAAAUAUUAGGCCUAACAGGAGCGGAUAGAUCGAAGUCUGUACUACGAACAAUUACAGAGUUGUUUGUUUCAUAAAAGCCUCCUUAACUGGGGCACAAUUUCCUCUUCUUCGUUCAGAGAAACACUUGGCAACCCUAAUUUAGAGGAGGUGAGAUUGUCUCAUUCGUGCAGAGUUCUCAAACCGCAUACCUCAGGGAAAUGUGAAACGUUCCCCCAAAGGAAGGUACAUUCUUUGAUAUUUCAGAUGAGUUUUCUCGGAACGUUCAUAUUUCUGUUGAGUUUUCUCGGAACGAUAACCAGUGACUGGGCACACUCUCAGCUGUUCCAGACGGAAAACGUUCCAGAUGAUUGCUGGCAUGUCUGUCCCUACACGUGUAAGCUUUUAUGCAAAACAGAGAGUGCGAAAAAGACGGAUUUCAAUAUCGAGAAGAACAUUAUUGCAUUCUUAUGUACAUCAACCAGUUUCGAUGAUCUCAUUUGUCACUACGGCAGUUUGGAUUUGAUUUUCUUCUGUACACUACGUACAUAAAAUCCUCCGUAUCAUUUGCCAUGCUUGGGUUAUUUUCUUUUUCGUAUUUUGUCUUCUUUAUAGCACUCAGCAAUUGUAAAUAUUUUAAAUGUAUAAAUUAUGAAUAAGUUUUGAUAUGUGGUAAUAAUGAUUGCAAAUGUUUGUAAAACACCCAUUCCCCCAAACUUAGCAGGUAUUACAUCAUAAGGAAACUUCAUACACAGCCAUUAAAAACCAGGCGUAAGUAGAAAUUAAGGGUGUGCUUUAGAAUUAACCCUAAAACGCCCAGAGGAACCCCCAUUCUCGAAAUUCUGUCCGAUUUCAUCACAGUGGCUUCUUCUGACAAGAACAUUUUUUGUUAAUUUCUGGUAAUCAUUUUGACGUCUUUUUUCUGAGACUGGACACUUGGUGAAAAUGUCCAUUUUAAAGGCAGUCACCUGAAGCUUUUUACCUUUUCCAUUCAGUUCAAUUCACUGUAGUGAAGUUCGACCACCAGAAAUAGAAGCCAUUACUGCGGCAGGCACGACGCUCGUGGACAGAUGGUACGCGCGCGUUUUACACGCCUCUUUGACCAAUAGGGUGUCGUGAUUUGCCAAGUGCACGCGCGCGUCAAGUUGAGGAAUGUGCGUGUGAGCGCAGUGCCGCCGCAGUUGGGGCGUCUAGUCGGAUCAGUCUAUGAGAAUAAAUGCCUAUGUGGUGGCUGACUGAACGGAAACUUCACACAUGUACCCAACACAAUUAUGUACCGUAUUCUUGUGUUUAACUUCAAGAUUGAAAGAAAACAUUAAUUUGGCAUUGGACCACCGAGAUUUCGAAUGGAGACAAACUCUCCCCCGGGAAUGGUAAAAACACCGGCUUUAGGGGGAAUUAUUAAAAUGAUAAACCAGAGAAAUACACGUUGCAAUUACGGAUCAAAUAACAAUUUCAAGGGCCAAGUUUGCCGCCCCCCCCCCAUUGGAAGUUUCUCUUGUAGCCUUUUAUAACAUUUCUGAUGAAUUAGGGUACAUUUUCGUUUUCAUUACAUAUACUUUUGAGUGAUAGGGAAACGAAAUAAGGCAAAAAUUUGGUUUUGAUUUAUGUUCCAUUUUAUCUGCCGGGGGGGUCCCAUAUUGCCCCUCUCUCCUGGAUCUGACCUUGGUACGCUGACGCUGUAUCACAUAUUACGGGCGCUUCACAGUACUGCGCCUUCAAGAGUUUGCAGUGUGUUGGCCAAUCAAAACGCGCAAAA